AGGAAAAGAGUACGGUACUCUGAGCUGGACUUUGAGGUAAGGUCCCACCCCCCACCCUCCCUUCAGGCUGUCUCUGCUUCUGUCUGCUUCAGCCAGGUUUGAGUGACGCAUAGAGGAGACAAUGGCAUCGCUAACCCCCCCGCCCCCUUGCGCCUGUGUCUCCCUUGAAUUUGACUUGGUACAGUCCAACCCAUGCAUAGUGUAGCCUGUUUCUACAACAAGGAUCUAGGGCACCACCUGUAAAUGGAUGGAGUUGGUUUUGACUGAUUUUAGCUUGAUUGGCCAAAGGAUUGAUAUAUUGAACAUAUACCAGCAGGUAUACAAAAAACAAUAACUUAAUGUAAUUUUUUUCAAUGAAUCCGUCAAUCAUUUCAAUCUGAAUGGAAAAUGCACAAUGGGGUGCCAGGUCUUGGUUGAAGAAACAAUGGUUUAGUAGAACGCUUUGUGUGGAUGAAUGAAUGAUUGACGGUGAGUUUAUGCAAGUUUGGUAUGAUGUGUGUGUUUUGGGGGUAAUCACGUGUGUUUGUGUGUGUGUUGGAGUGCAAUAAUCGCUCCGUGGAAUGAACAAGCCUUGGGAAUCUUGCAAAUCUCCAGUCUCAAACAGCCCCCCCAACAAUAAACUAAACUAAACCCCUUUGCUUUAUUCAAUGAAUAUUGGCUUUCCUUCCCCCUUAUCCUUACCUUGUAAAGACUGGAGACUUGCUUUCCACUGCGUAGGCCUUGUCCAUAGUAGAACUAAGGUAUGUGUGGACUGUUGCACAACUAACAGGCUAACAAGCACUAGCGCUUAGCUACAGUUGGAUAACCUGGAGUAGGAUGAUGUUGCCUAAGGGCAACUAUUACCCAGAACUUAUAACCCUUCCUGUCUGGCGUAGUCUGCAAAACUGCAUGAUAUGUUCCUCAAAAUGGCUGACUUCCUGUGUCAAAAUGGACGCCAGUGUACCCCUUCACCGAGUGAGUGUCUGAGGGAGUGAGAGUUCAAGGUAAAGUAAGUGAGAGAAAAGAGCAGUGAUGACAGACAUGACAUAGGAGAAGGGGCAGCGGGGACAAAAAACGACAGACAGUGACAGAAAGAAAGAGGGAGCUUUGGAGAGCGGGAGAGGUCGACUUUAAAGGAAGUAGAUGUAAAGUUACUUAUGAAGGCAGACUCUGAGACACAGAGAGAGAGAGAACUGACAGAUGGAGAGAAGACAGUGCAGACUCUGUGGUAAUUGGUGGCAGCGGUCACAGCCGGCCUUGGCCAGAGUGUCUGAGUUUGUGAGUGUCGCUGUCUGGCCCCUGUGUCUCUCUACGCCCUCUGAUCGGCUAUGUCGAUUAGACGACACACCGCGCUGCUUAAGCGCUAGCCAUUAGCGAAGAGAGCGAGUCGCUGUGACAAGGUCUCUAUCCUGUCAGGGACUUCCACUUCCACUUGUAAUAGGACAUAGUUGCUCUUAUAGAUAAUGGAACUUAUAAGGUCAGUUGAGUCUCAGCUAAAUGGUGAGGGGUAGGAUUUGGGGAGGGUAAGAUGAUCCUAGAUCUGUACUUACAGGAAACUUUUACUCAGAGACACUUCACUGCUGGCUAGUUGCUAACUAACUAAUGCUAACUUGCUAAAUAGCUAACACUAACAUUAAUGCAGCCUGUUUGGCUCUCAUAUCCAUUCAGAGUAAACUCAUUGACAUGUUACAUCACAGGCAGCAUCGAGGCCUAAUAGAGAACAGAGACAUUUUAGCGAGAAGAUGGGAGGACUCAGCUAUCUAUCCAUCUAUCCAUCCCCUCCUCCCCCUCGCUGAGGCUGUCAUCGCUCUCAGUCCCUUGGUCUCUUCCUCCUCAUUGGCCCCUCCUCCCCCUCAUCCCCUAUCUAUCUAUCUAUCUAUCUAUCUAUCUAUCUAUCUAUCUAUCUAUCUAUCUAUCUAUCUAUCUAUCUAUCUAUCUAUCUAUCUAUCUAUCUAUCUAUCUAUCUAUCUAUCUAUCUAUCUAUCUAUCUAUCUAUCUAUCUAUCUAUCUAUCUAUCUAUCUAUCUAUCUAUCUAUCUAUCUAUCUAUCUAUCUAUCUAUCUAUCUAUCUAUCUAUCUAUCUAUCUAUCUAUCUAUCUUUUUAUUUUCUUCAUUUUUGUUGUACCUUCCUUCUCCUUCCAGAAAGUGAUGCACACUCGCAAAAGACACUCUGAGCUGUACCCUGAGCUCAACCACCCCACCACCAAGUUCCACACCAUAGACAGGUAUAACAGGGACCCCACCAUGUCCACUUUCAAGGUAAGAGCCCGACCCUACGGGGCGAUUGGGAAAUGGGGGCUAACUGCCCCCACCUCAACAACCCCUCCACACCACUCCCUACUCCCCCCUCACUGA